AUGACCAUAAGCAGUGUUCCAAACCGGGUCAGCCGAACCUUUUCCAGCUUGCAAGCACUACGUAUUGAUGCGCACAAUGUUCUUAACGAACUCAGUCACAGCAACUACAACGGAAACCAAUAUAUUCUCGUCCAGGAACUACCUGAGGAUAUAUGUACCCUUCUCGACACGGACAGAAAUGCCCUCGAUGGAAUCUCCUUCAGAUUCUCAUUCAGAGACAGAACAGGAUUGAUCAAACUCAUACCCACAUAUAAUCAUCACACCUGUAUAGCAAACUUCAUCCACCAGCUUACUUUUGCAAUGAUCACUGCCGGCUAUCCAUUUAACGAUAUCCAAUGGGCAGGCAACACUACGUUUCAACCUACAAGCAGUGAAGGCAAGCAGCCAGACAACUGUUUUCUGCCUCCCAGUCGGCAAGGAUACGGGGGUCAACCGGGUUGGCCUACUAUGGUACUUGAGGCUGCUGUUUCCGAGUCACUUCCUCAGUUGCGUGAGGAGGUCAAGUGGUGGUUUGAGAAUUCAGAGGGCGCUGUGCGGAUUGUGUUGCUGUUGGGUGUUGAACAGGCUGAGAGGACAGUGUUUCUGGAGAAAUGGGAGCAGUCUGAAGUCUAUCAGAGUCCAUAUAUGGCCCAGCAGGUUAAGAUAACUCCUUCGACUGCUGAUGAAGCUUCGCUUUGUCUUUCUUUUGCUGCUUUGUUUGAUCGAGCGCCUGGACUUGCAGAGAGAGAUGUUGUCCUUGACACGCAGGGUCUUGUCAGAAUUGCUGCCAAUCUUUAA